AUGACGGGGGGCAGCGCUGCUGAGACCGGGUCGUCCGCACGUGAUGAUAAUGAGGAUGCGCGAGCUGAUGAGAAGAGAGAAGUGCAAGAGCGAGCGGGUGAGAGCGAGCGAGACGUGAUGAGGGUGUUCAUCGGUUGCCACAGCCGGACAGUCAGCAGCCUGCCUGCCAUCGUCGCUCGGCUGACCCGAGCAGGUCGCGCUCGU